GUUCUCCAGCUUAAAAAAGAAGGAAGGAGGAAUGAAUAUGAGAUGCAUAAGCUGUUAGCGUUGAAUCAGAGGCAAAAGAUGGUAUUGCAAAGGAAGACAGAAGAAGCUUCCUUAGCCACAAAAAGGCUAAAAGAACUUUUGGAAUCUCGAAAGACUUCACGCGAAACUACAGGUGGGAAUGGUCCAGGAAUUCAGGCUUUGAUGCAGGCAAUUGAGCAUGAGCUUGAAGUCACAGUCCGAGUGCACGAAGUACGCUCAGCACAUGAGCGUCAAACAGAAGAGUAUGUUCUACUUUUUACAUUUAUAGUGUGUUUAGGAAAGCUUUUUUCCCAAAAUUUUAGCUGUUUUUAUAAUAAAAAAGCUGUUUAUGAUUUAAGCUACAU